AAUUUAAAGGGUGCCUCUAGACUGUCCAUAAGUUUAAAGGGUGCCUCGGGACUGCCCAUAAUUUUAAAGGGUGCCUCGGGACUGUCCAUAAUUUUAAAGGGUGCCUCGGGACUGUCCAUAAUUUUAAAGGGUGCCUCGGGACUGUCCAUCAUUUUAAAGGGUGCCUCGGGACUGUCCAUAAUUUUAAAGGGUGCCUCGGGACUGUCCAUAAUUUUAAAGGGUGCCUCAGGACUGUCCAUUAUUUUAAAGGGUGCCUCAAGACUGUCCAUAAUUUUAAAGGGUGCCUCGGGACUGUCCAUAAUUUUAAAGGGUGCCUCGGGACUGUCCAUAAUUUUAAAGGGUGCCUCAGGACUGUCCAUUAUUUUAAAGGGUGCCUCAAGACUGUCCAUUAUUUUAAAGGGUGCCUCAAGACUGUCCAUAAUUUUAAAGGGUGCCUCAGGACCGUCCAUAAUUUUAAAGGGUGCCUCAGGACCGUCCAUAAUUUUAAAGGGGGCCUCAAGACUGCCCAUAAUUUUAAAGGGUGCCUCAAGACUGUCCAUAAUUUUAAAGGGUGCCUCAGGACCGUCCAUAAUUUUAAAGGGCUCCUCAGGACUGUCCAUAAUUUUAAAGGGU